UGUUGCGAUAAACCUACGGUAUGGCACCUACUCGGUUGCGGCGUCUGGCCAUCGUCGCCCUUAUCGGCGCGGUGUUAAUGAUUUGCAUCUGCCAGCAACGUACCCAGUUCGACACUAGGCCGUUAGAUCUUGAGGAUCAGUACCCACUACUGUACCGCCAUGUCCACACACAGAGUACCGAGGGAGGAGCCUGGUAUAUCCCGCCACAAUGGACCAACGCAUCGAAACCACCCCCGAAGAAUAUCGUCGAAGCGGCCGAGCUAGCUCUUAGCGCCGCCCAAGCUUCCCCGGACGGGUACCUGCCUCAUUCAACAAUUCCCAUGAUCGUACACCAAACCUGGAAAAACACACGAAUCGACACCUGGCCCCAAAUCAUCCGUCAUAGCGCCGAGCGAUGGCUUCAGACUACCAAAGGCGAGAUGGCCUACUUUCUGUGGACGGACGAAGGCAUGGAACAAUUUAUUCACCAUUUUGAACCGGACUUGGAGAGCCAGUAUGCGCAUCUAGCGCGCAAUGUUGAGCGAUCGGAUGUAUUCCGCAUCGUGAUUUCCAAAUGGAUUGGAGGAGUGUAUGGCGAUAUCGACACUGAACCGCUUCGCACACCUGCCGACUGGAUUACCCCGACCGAUCUCCACGCUUGGAACGAUACACGGGCCGGUACAUCCUACAACUCUACCGCUCCGGUACGCGCGAUUGUCGGCCUCGAGGCUGAUUGCCCCGAGGGGUCCGAUACGUACUGGCGCAUGGGUUACUCGCAGCCUGUGCAGCUCACGCAAUGGGCGUUUGCCUGGGCCCCGGGCCAUCCCAUCCUGCAGAAGUUCAUCGAUCGGUUAUCAGCAACGAUCGGAGAUAUUUCCAACCGCUACGGGGGGUCACUCCAGUCGAGAGCUGCUCGACAGGAGCUCAUGAAUCUGGAUCCGCUCACGCUGACCGGUCCGGCUGCUUUCACCGACGUGGUGCGGAGUCGACUGGAAGAAGUGGCCGGCUUACGCUGGCAUGCACUGUCCGGUCUGAAGGACGGAGGGAAGAGCAAGCUGGUAGACGAUGUGCUUAUUCUUCCGAUUACUGGAUUCAGUCCCGGACGUGGCACAUAUGGCAAUAUGGGCUCUAAGCCAAUCACUGACCCUUCCGCACGCCUCAGGCAUCUGGCACAGGGAUCGUGGAGAGCCUUCGACGUGAAAGUUGAGUAUGGCAAAUUCUGCCGGACUGUCCUGGGAAUGUGUCGCGAUUGGUCAAAAGUGCCUACUGUUGUUGUUCAAUGAUUUGGGGUGUCUUUUUGAGGGUUUUUCAUCAUCACUUCUCGUUGACACAUUCAUGGCGUUCUUGGGGUUGGGGGGAUCAGGAUAACUAGCGAGUAUAGUAUCAUAAACGGCAUAUAAGAUACCCAAUCAGACAUUCACCAAGAUUUUCUAAUGGUGGGAC